ACUGGAUGCGCAACUUGCAAGCAGCGUCGCAUCAAGUGCAAUGAGGAACGGCCUGAAUGUCGCAACUGUAUCAAACAUGGCGUGACAUGCCCCGGUUACACGGAAGUAACGCGUGCAGCCAGUACAAGCAGCAGGAAGCGCAAGAGCUCAAACGCCUCUGUUGCCAAAUCGCUCUCCAAUAGCCCUCCGUCCACUUCACGACGUGGCAGUGCGGCUAGCCUGAAUGCACAACAGGAGCAACAACCCUCGCCCCCGCCGAUGAUAUGGUCGCCUUCUCCCACAAAGACGACGGCCGAGCAAUUACAAGUAGCACAGUGGGCCAGUACGCUACGCCUCUCUGGGAGUGACACAGCGCUGCUCGCUCAAUUUUGUGCCGCCAUAAUGAGAUCACCGUCGGUGACUUUUUGCAACGAUCAAGCUAUUUGGCUAGAAGACAUUCUGCCAGCGUUACCUCAGUCCAUGGAAGGAGCUCGAUCUUUGCUCUACACGCUGCUAUCCUUCAGUGCGAGUCACAUGGCGUUUUUGACACAGAUGCCGUCGUACAGCCGUGCUGCGAUUGUGUAUCGUGGGUAUGCGCUGCAGCUGCUUCAAGGCGACCUGCACGGCGAUUUUGACACGGCGGCACCCACCUUUGGUCAGAUUUCUCAGGCAGAUGCAGCGAUUGGUGCUGCAAUUCUCUUGGCAGAUCAAGCGGCAUUGGAGGGAGACUGGCAGGCGAAUACACUGCAUUUGCGCGGUGUCCAAAAUCUAUGCACACAUGCUGUGCGUGUUCGUCGUGCGUCUGGUGUGGAGACACCAGAGAGCGAUGCCGUUUCCAAAUUUGCCUCUUCACGAGCAAGUCUGCUGCUCGAACCAGGAGCUCUCAUGUCUGAAGGGGUCAACGUGUCGGCCUUGCAAAACACGGCAGACGGACGUGCCUGUCUGCAGUACCUUUUGGCUAUGCGCUCGCAUUUCUGGCAAGAAAGUGGUCGUCUGUAUCCGUCUUCUCAGCAACAACCAUUUGCUGGUUCAUCGUUGCAGCCGGAUAGCACAGAGACACAGCAAUUGAGCUUUUCACCAGGUGGCGUGGGUCACUUGCUUGCACUCGCAUGCCAAGUGUAUGAGCUUAAGGAGAUGAUUGCAACUCUUGCAGAUGGCUCACAUACCGGUUCGCACCUCCCUGCAGCUCUGCAAAAGACUCUGCAUGGUCUCCUCCUAUUUUCGCAGCAUUGGACUGUUAGUGUGCCGAAAGCAGUGAUGACGGCUGCAUUUGAGGAAGAUUUGCCCUGUACGAUCCUUUUCGCCUACAAGUUUGGGUUGGACCUACUCCUCCAUCGCGCUGUGCUGCUACUCGACAAGCACCUCCCGGUGCCGCGCGAAGACAUUACGCCAAGUCCAAAUGUCGUCCAAGCAAACGCAUUCGUCGCCAAUUUGUUGCAGCAACAGCAGGUCAAUUUAGGUGGUGUUCAAUCAGCGCAGCGCGUAUGGCUCAAUUGGCCUGCAUGGACGCAUACCUGGUCGCGCGCCUAUACUGACCCAACGUCUCUCAUGAUGAGUGAGGAACGUCGACGGAGUUCAGCAACGCAUUCGUUUGCAUCGUCGCUUGAUUCAGGCGCAAGCUCUAGUAGCUUCAUGGGCAGAAAUUUGUCGUUGACUGGUGCGCUCUACACGCAUCGUCAGGAAGGCGCUGGAUCGCUGACGCCACCAUCUGUUAGCACAACACCCAUUACUAGCACGUUUGCGGCAUCGGCCAUGCUGCAGCAAGUACCGCUUACUCACAAUUUGCUCCCGACUCAGCAACGCCUUCCUUCUUCCCUGGCUGAGAUUGAAGAAGGUGUUGCAUUUUCCGAUCAUGCAUUCUUUGCUCCAGAGGAGAUGGUUCGAUACCCGGGUCUGUAAUGAUGAAAACACACACACAUACCGAGACAACGCUCGUUUGCAUUCACAUUCUUUUCAUUCGCCAUGGACGGCUAGAGAUGCACCGUACUUAGUACCAUUUUUUAAUUUUACAUAUGAAUUGGACAUGGAUCAAUCUAC